UGGCUUUGAUACACGUGGUUGAUGGUGCGCUUCUUAUUUUUGCGUAACAGGCGUGACAGUUGCUAAUGAAGCUGAAGAACCCAAAGCAGCCAUGGCUUCCUUCCUCACACUGCAAUCUUAAAUCUGAUUCUACCUCAAGCCCUCAACCUGAAACCCUACUUUCCAGUUUUCUCUUUGCUCUCUAACUCUUAUUUGAUUGGGCUAGGAGAAUCGACAAAGAAGAUUAAGAGAAGCAAUAGGGUACUUCCAGCUCCUCUGCUGGCUGCAGCAGCUGCAAGUGCAAGGGUAGAUGACUACUCCCCGAGUAUCAUACCUUCCUGGUCACAUUUUAGUUCUUAAUUGAUGUAAAAAUUUAUACAAUUUUGAUUUCUAGCCCGGGCGGGGCCAUAAUCAUCAAAUUGGGCUCAGCAAAAGAAAAGAGUGACAUAGAGAUACAUACAAAGAGAGAAAGAAAUGGAGGAGUGCUUGACUGGGGCUCUAGUCCCGGCGGUGAAACCAGAACCAAAGCCAUCAAGUGUUGAGGCUUCGGCAGAUCCAGGGAGCAAUGACAUGGAUCGUCCAGCUCAUGAGAAAGGAUUGACGGAGGUGGACAAGGACUUGUUGUGUCCAAUUUGCAUGCAGCUGGUAAAGGAUGCCUUCCUCACAGCAUGUGGUCACAGCUUCUGCUACAUGUGCAUCAUUACCCACCUUCGCAACAAGAGUGACUGCCCUUGCUGCGCCCAGUUCCUCAGCACCAACCAAUUGUUCCCCAAUUUCCUGCUGGAUAAGCUUCUGAAGAAGGCAUCGGCCCGUCAAAUUUCCAAAAGUGCGUCCCCUGUGGAGCAUUUUCGUCAGGCAUUGCAACAGGGAUGUGAAGUGUCCAUCAAGGAGCUAGACACCCUGUUGACACUCCUGGCGGAGAAGAAGAGGAAAAUGGAACAAGAAGAGGCGGAGAGAAAUAUGCAAAUACUGCUCGACUUCUUGAAUUGCCUAAGGAAGCAAAAAGUUGAAGAGCUUAAUGAGGUCCAAACCCAUCUUCAAUUUAUUAAAGAGGACAUAGGUGCCGUAGAGAGACGCAGAAUGGACUUGUACCGUGCGAGGGACAGAUACUCCGUCAAGCUGCGGAUGCUUGGAGGGGAUGAUUCUAUUUCUGGUGCAAGAAAGUCAUGGCCUUCCUCCAUAGAUAACAACACCAGUUCUCUCAGUGGGCGAGCAGGGAUGUCUUCAUGGAAUCUUCAAUCUAAGAAACUUGAUGGCUGGGGACUUCAGAAAAAGGAUGCUUUAAGUGCAUCAGACUCCCAGUAUAUGACUCAAUCUGGUCUAGCUGUAGCCAGAAAGAAGCGGGUCCAUGCACAGUUUGAUGAACUACAAGAGUGUUACCUGCAAAAGCGACGCCAGAUGGCGAACCAACCAUAUACCCAGCAAGAACGGGACAAAAAUGUGAUACAAAGAGAAGGUUACACUACAGGCCUUGCAGAUUUUCAAUCAGUGCUCACUACGUUAACGCGGUAUAGUCGGAUGAGGGUCAUUGCUGAACUUAGGCAUGGGGAUCUAUUUCACCCAGCUAAUAUAGUAUCAAGCAUUGAAUUUGACCGUGAUUAUGAAUUGUUCGCUACUGCUGGGGUUUCACGGUGCAUAAAAGUUUUCGACUUCUCCUCAGUUGUGAAUGAUCCAGCUGAUGUGCAUUGUCCUGUUGUGGAGAUGCCUACACGUUCAAAGCUUAGUUGCUUGAGCUGGAACAAGUUUACGAAAAACCAUAUAGCUAGUACUGAUUAUGAGGGAAUAGUAACAGUUUGGGAUGUAAAUACUCGGCAAAGUGUCAUGGAGUAUGAAGAGCAUGAAAAACGUGCUUGGAGUGUUGAUUUUUCAUGCACAGAGCCCACUAGGCUUGUAUCUGGUAGUGAUGAUUGUAAGGUAAAAGUUUGGUGCACAAGGCAGGAAACUAGUGUUCUUGACAUUGACAUGAAAGCGAACAUUUGUUGUGUUAAGUAUAAUCCUGGAUCAAGCAACUGCAUUGCGGUUGGUUCAGCAGACCAUCACAUCCACUAUUAUGAUUUAAGAAAUCCAAGCCAACCACUCCAUGUGUUCACCGGGCACAAGAAAGCUGUUUCUUAUGUGAAAUUCUUGUCAAACUAUGAGCUUGCCUCUGCAUCCACUGAUAGCACACUGCGGUUAUGGAAUGUGAAGGAAAAUAUUCCAGUUCGUACGUUUAAAGGUCACACAAAUGAGAAGAACUUCGUAGGUCUAACAGUAAACGGGGAAUACAUUGCGUGUGGCAGUGAAACGAAUGAAGUGUUUGUGUAUCAUAAGGAAAUUUCCAAACCUGUGACUUGGCAUAGAUUUGGAUCGCCUGAUUUGGAUGACACCGAUGAUGAUGCAGGGUCUUACUUCAUCAGUGCUGUAUGUUGGAAGAGUGAUAGCCCUACCAUGCUAACUGCUAACAGUCAGGGAACCAUUAAAGUGCUGGUUCUUGCUGCUUAAACAACUAAAUGGAGACUGUAAGAAGGCUUCAUGAGAGAGAACGCUGUUGCCAUUGUUGAAUCUAAUGGUUCUUGUUUUGUAUAUGUUAUUGAAGUGUAAAUGCUAGGUUUGAGAUGCAAUGUCAUUAUUUGUAGUCGUAUAAAUAAUACCAAUGUACCAAAGAAAGUGAAUAUAGAGCAUUGAUUAUUCAGUGGAUUCCCAUUGAGGGGUUCAA